AUGAGAUCCACUGAGCAAGUUAAGCUCAUAGGAAAAUUAGCAUCUUCUGAGCAUACCUCAACUGCAGAGAAACGAUCUAGGAUUUUGAGCCAUGCACCACAUUGGAAGAAGUACGAAUUAGCUGGAGCACUUCCUGUUGGUUCUUCUGUAAAAUUGAUGGCAUUACAUAACCAAUCACUACUAGUUAGAAGUCAGUUAUUAAGCUCAGACAAACAAUUACGCCAAUUAGUUUUGAAUUGCUUGGGUAUUACACCAGAUUUAGAGCCAGCUCAAUAUAUCCUUACUAUGAUUUAUGAACUUGUGAGAGACGAUGCUGGACAAUAUCAUGGUUUUGUGGAAACUACUAAGGGAGUUCCAAUAUUUGAGAAAUUCAUGCAAUUUUUAGAACGUCCUAAAGUUGAUAGUUACCUUUCUGAUAAACUAUUAUUCUUCUUGUCUGGUUUAAUUAGCCACUCUAAUGAUGGAGCCUACACAAAAGAAAAUAUUAUAGAGCUUAUUGAUCAUUUAUUUAAAGCACCAGAAAAUAGAAGAAGUCAAUCAGGAAAUAACCAAGAUGAUUUUUCAUCAUUCUCUAUAUCAUCAAGUUCAAAUUCCAGUCGAAUGGAGAGCUCUUACUCUACUUUGAAUGGAGGUUAUUGUUCUAUUAUAGGUGCACUGGAUGUUCUUGGAAAUCUGGUAAAAGUGGAUUCUUAUAGAAUGCUUGUUUUAUCUCAUCCCAAUGUUGUCGAAUUUAUUUCUUCAAAUCUAUCCUCUAGCUCGCCUACAUCUCACAUAUACAAAGCAUGUGUUAUUGUCUGGUUACUUUCUUUUAAUGAGGAAACCGUUCCUAUUUUAGUUUCAAAAGACCUCAUUAGACAAAUUGCCAGCACUAUUACUGACUGUAGAUCUGAAAAGGUUGUUAGAGUCACUCUUAAUUUACUCAAGAAUGUUAUGAAUAAUGACGCAGCUGUUGAGAGCAUUAUUGAUUUAGGCUUAUUACAGUACCUUACUAUUCUAGAGUAUGAAAAAUGGUUAGACCCUGAAAUUUAUGAAGAAAUUCGUCGGGGACAAAUAAUGAUUGACCAAAAACUCAAACAAUUUUCUAACUUUGAUAGGUAUUGUAUUGAACUUGAUAAAAAGAAGUUUAAAUGGUCAUUUUUACAUACAGAGAAGUUCUGGCUUGAAAAUGUUAUGAAUUUUGAAGCUGAUGAAUUUGCUGCCAUUAAAAAACUUGCACAUUUAUUAAAGACAUCUGAUGAUCCAGUUACUCUCGCUGUUGCAUGUUUUGAUAUUGGUGAAUUUGCCAGACUUUAUCCGAUGGGUAAACAAGUUCUUGGAAAAUUGAAUGUGAAGGAGGUGUUGAUGACCCUUAUGACUUCUCCAAAUCGUGAGAUUUCUAAGGAAGCUCUACUUUCAAUCCAAAAACUCAUGCUUAAUAAAUGGAAUCGAACCAAUAUUAACAGUAGUUCCGGAUCUAAUACAACAACCACUGUCAGAUCCUAG